UCUAAGCCAAAUCCGUGCUUACAUAUAAUAGGUGCUUAUAUUUUUCCUUGGACAUCUGCAAGUAGACAGAAACAGACUAAAAGGGUAACUAAACAACGGAAACGUUUAGUCAUGAGCCUAAUACAAAGGUUAUCAGUGUUGGGAAUGGCGGCAAUGGCGAUGGGUUUGGUGGCUUCACAUGAUUAUGGUGCGGCAUUAACAAAGAGUAUUUUGUUCUACGAAGGCCAGAGGUCGGGGAAGUUGCCUCCUACUCAAAGGAUCACCUGGAGGAAGGAUUCUGCUCUUCGCGAUGGCUUUGAGAUUGGUGUUGAUUUGGUGGGAGGUUACUAUGACGCUGGUGAUAAUGUUAAAUUCACUUUUCCAAUGGCUUUCUCCAUAACUAUGCUAGCUUGGAGUUUACUAGAGUUUGGCCAAUCCCUUGGCACAGAUCUGCAGCAUUCAUUGAAGGCAAUUCAGUGGGGAACGGAUUACUUGCUGAAAGCCACAAGCGUCCCAGGCUUUGUGUUUGCUCAAGUUGGCGAUCCUUAUGGUGAUCACAACUGCUGGGAGAGGCCUGAAGACAUGGACACUCCUAGAACCCCAUAUGCAGUGAGUAAAGAGUUUCCAGGGUCAGAAGUUUCGGCUGAGAUAGCUGCUGCGCUUGCAGCCUCUUCAAUGGUGUUUAGACCUAUUAAUCGUGGAUAUUCUGCAAGGCUGCUCAAAAGAGCAAGAAUGAUUUUUGAAUUUGCAGAUAAGUACAGGGGAUCAUACAAUGAUAGUCUUGGACCAUGGGCGUGCCCAUUUUACUGUGAUUAUAGUGGAUAUCAGGAUGAAUUAGUUUGGGGGGCAGCAUGGUUACUGAGGGCAACAAAGGCUCCCUAUUACAGGAAUUAUGUUUUAGCCAACAUUCAAAACUUGGACAAGAGUAGUAGCUUUGCGGAAUUUGGAUGGGAUACCAAGCAUGCUGGCAUCAACGUACUUGUUUCGAGGGCAAGUAUAUGUAGUAUUAAAUUUUAUCCUGAGCCUUUCAUUACCAAUGCAGACAAGUUUGUCUGCUCUGUGUUGCCUGAAUCACCAACUAUUUCAGUCUCCUACUCGCCAGGUGGGCUCCUUAUUAAACCUGGAGGAAGCAAUUUGCAGCAUGCAACAGCUUUAUCCUUCCUUCUUCUAGUGUACAGUCGCCCUCUGAGUAAAGACAGUCGGGUGAUCCAUUGUGGCAAUGUUGUUGCCACCCCUGCCAGGCUUAUACAGGUUGCAAGAAGCCAGGUGGAUUACAUCUUAGGAAGCAAUCCACUGAAUAUGUCAUACAUGGUGGGAUAUGGUGAGAAGUUUCCGGAGAGGAUACAUCAUCGGGGCUCCUCUUUACCUUCCAUUACUCAACAUCCCCAACAUAUUGACUGCACAGGCGGAGCCACCUAUUUCUAUACUAACAAUCCUAACCCUAAUUUGUUAACAGGAGCUGUUGUUGGAGGACCUGAUAUUAAGGAUUCUUAUGGUGAUUCCAGAGCCGAUUUUGCACACUCCGAGCCAACCACAUACAUUAACGCACCUCUCGUUGGUCUCUUGGCUUACUUCAAAUCACAUUAAUGAUUAACCUUCUUUCCGUUUCUAGCAACUGUAUACAAACAUGCAUGUCUGUAUGUAUAUAAUUAAUUGGAUU